AUGUGGUUGGCAGCUAGUCUCCUACUACUUCUCGCUAUAGUCCCCGAAAAAGUCGAAUCCGUCGGUUUUGCUCCAGAACUCUAUUGUGGGCUCGAAAAUUGUUACGAUGUUUUGGAGAUAAAUCGAGAAGAAUUCGAUAAAUCGAAACUCGCAAAAAUCUACAGAAGCCUCGCCAAAAAACAUCAUCCAGAUCGAUUCAAAGAACAGGAUAAGAAACUAGAAGCCGAGACACGAUUCAGAGUAAUUGCAACAGCUUAUGAGACUUUGAAGGAUGAAGAAGCUCGAACAAGUUAUGAUUAUUAUUUGGAUCAUCCAGAAGAGAGAUUCUAUAAUUAUUAUCAAUAUUAUCGAUUGAGAGUUGCACCAAAAGUUGAUGUUAGAUUGGUGAUUGUUGGAACGAUUUUAUUGAUUUCUUUAUUCCAAUUUUUAUCCGCAAAACAUAAAUUUGCUGAAGCGAUUGAAUAUGCAACAACAGUUGGAAAAUAUAGAAAUAUGGCAAUGAAUAUGGGAAUUGAAAGAGGAUUAUUAGAAAUUGAUAAUAAAGGAAAACUCAAAAAAGUGAAGGGAAGAGAUAAUGAUGCAGUUAUUAAGGAGAUUAUUAUUGAAAAUUUGGAUGUGACAGGAGGAUACAAGAAAGAAUCAAUCUAUGAUACUUUUGCUUGGCAUUGUAUUAUAUUUCCAGUUACUUCUGUGAAAUAUUUGCAUUGGUUGGGUAUUUGGUAUUGGAGAUUUACAAUCAAAAGAGAAGAAUAUGAUGAAGAGGCAAAAUUGCAUUUGAUUAGAAAAUUCAUGGGAAUAUCGCAGGGAGAAUUUGAGGUAAUUUUGGAUUUUUUUUUGUUUAGAAAGUCGUGUUUCUGGAUAUUCAUUCAAAAAAUCGAUUUUCUAGACCAUGAAAAUUUAGUUAAAUGAUUUCUAAAUUUGGAUUUGUAAAAAAAAUGAAUCUUCUAACUGAAAAUUGGUAUUUUUAUUGCAAAAAAUUCAAAUUUAUGCUAAAUCAAUGAUCGAAGCUCAUUUUUCUGAUGUUCAAAAACCUUUUUAUUUCUUCUUUUUAGUACUGAUUUUUUUGAAUUGAGUUCGUGAAGUUUUAUUUUCUCCAAAAGUUAUUUUUUCUCCAGAAAACCCCAAAUUUAAAACCGAUUCUCUUUUCAGAGACUUUCCGACUUUGAAAUCGACACCCUUCUCGAACGAAAAUGUUGGCUCAAAGAGAAUUUUGUCAUCUGGAAAGCCGAAAAAGAGGCCGAAGAGCAGGAAAAACUUGCUCAAUCUGGAAAAUACAAAAGAUAUAAGAGAUAUAUGAAAAACGUUGGUACCAUCUCGUUCGUCGACGAGGAUUAA